CUGGCUGGUGUUGUUGUUGUUUAGUCCUCUGAUUCUUUCACCAUCGUUUCAUUGAGUCCGGGCGAGAUAAAUAAAUAUGACUACUUAUCACUCCGAGGUAAACAGUUGCGGACUGUGCUCCCUGCAUGUACCCGACAAUACGUGUCAAGGACGUGUCACGGAUAUCCCAUCCCAUGAUCCCCCUCCAUUCUCGCUGCACUACAGACGUGGUCGGCGUACCUAUGUCAACGGUUACGUACAGUCACCUCUCCGCGGCAGGUUCUCCUCGUUCGCUGUGACCCCGCGCCUUGAACCAGUGCACCGCAGCUCGCGCGCUCUCUCACUCCCCCACUUUCCCCGGUACCCAUCGCUCCAGCUAUGACGACGAGGGCACUAGCACUUGUUGCAGCGGUGGUAGCAAUCUCCUGUCUGCUCUGGCACCAAACGCUUAGCCACAAUCUCAGCGAGGACAAUAAACCAGCAAAGAACGAUGGGAAAAAAUUCCGGGGUCGCUACCUGGAAAACACCUCAGGUGUUCGCGAAAACACCGCCAUCGCCAACGGUGGUCCGUAUGCGGCGGCCCUGGUGUCUACCGGAAGUGAAGCGACAAGCAAUGGUGAUGGCCUCAACGACACAUCGAAUGAUAUCAUCGACAUUUCCGUGCAGUUGCCUGUCUUGAGUUAUCCUUUCCCUCUUCCAUCAGGAGUGGUGAUUGUGUUUAUGAACAGCGUGGAGCAGGUCACGGUGAAUUUCACGCUCCGAUGCUCGUCGUCAAGAGAGAAGUAUGUCCUGGAGGUUGUCCUCAACCAACAAGAACGACACUUUGUCGCGCGCCUGGCCGAACCUGUCAACGUGAGCAUCUCUUGCUCUGAGGCCUUCUCGGGGUUGCCUGCUAUAAGCGGAAUCAGAAACGUGUCUGGAACUUUCAACAUCUCCAUCGUUUCCGGAUUGCUAGGGAAGGGAGUGCUACGCUUCUUCCUAACAUCUCUGCACAAAAAUGGCUCUUCCAUCGGUGAUGGAGAAAUGGAUGUGGGAAAGGACAAUGUCAUCUCUGACGACUCAACGUCGACGUUUCUCGUCAGAUCGUCAGAUCUGUCGACCUCGGCUACAUCUCGGGACGAUGACGAUAGUUCAGCUAGACGUCAGGUCCAUCAGACCUUUAUCCUGAUCGUCAGGCAGCAGGAAAUGAUUGACGACAUUUUCCGCAUCGCUACUUUCAUCAUCGUGGCGCUGGCAACCGUUGGGAUGGGCUGCAAGACGGACCUGGCAGUUGUGCGCGAAGUUCUGAAGAAGCCUUUCGCACCUGCAGUGGGAUUUGUGUCGCAGUACGUCGCGAUGCCUCUGAUAGCCUAUGGGUUGGCGCGGACGAUCCAGCUCGACAAUCCUGCCGUCAGCUUCGGCAUUUUCACCUGCGGGGUAUGUCCAGGGGGUGGCAUGUCCAACCUGUUUUCCUACCUGCUGGGCGGCGACAUCUCGCUGUCCGUCACCAUGACAACCAUCAGCACUAUCGCAUCGCUGGGGAUGCUGCCUCUAUGGCUGUUCACGCUAGGAGACACCAUCGACAAGGGGCCAUGGCAGCUGACGAUCCCGUACGUGCGCAUCCUCCAAAUCCUUGCCCUCAUCAUCGUCCCGCUCUUCGUCGGCAUCUUGGUUCGGUACCAGUUGCCGAGGGUCAAAAAGUUCAUUCUUAAGGUCAUCACACCGUUCUCCUUGUUGACAGUCCUCUUCUUCGUGACAGUGGGUAUCUACGCCAACCGUUUCAUAUUUGAACUUCUCGACCCGAUGACUAUACUGGCUGGUUGCCUCUUACCGUACAUCGGCUACAUCAUCGGAGGCAUCUUCGCUCUCAUCUGUCGACAGCCUUGGUUCCGGGUCAAAACCAUUGCCAUAGAAACGGGGGUCCAAAACGUGGGCGUGGCCUUCCUCAUACUGCUGUUCUCCUUACCUGCCCCUGACGGCGAGCUGGCUGCGGUGGGACCUGCUGCGUCAGCGCUCAUGACGCCACUUCCAAUUUUCGUCAUGACUGUCGCCUACAUGACGUACAACAAGUGCAAAGGUCGACCUCUCACGGGAAGGAAGGACAAGCCCAUCAAGGACACUAUACUGCAGGAACGGCUCAGUAAAGAAAUGGAGGUUGUGACAGGAAAGAUGGUUGAUGACACUGACUGACACGUCUUCCUAAGGUGCCUUGGAGUUACAGGGGUCUGCUGACACAUUAUUUGAUCGGGGCAUAAUCGUUUCACAAUAUUUUAGAACUAUUUGUGUGUGCGUUUGUGUGUGUGUUUGUAUUUGUAUGUGUGAAAAUAUUGGAUGGACUACAAAAAUCACAAUUUUUUUUAAUUUAAUAAACAGUGUUAAAGGUCAUCUUUUUCUCUGUACCUGAUUGUCAUAUUUAAAAGAAAUUGUCCAGGAGCUUUAAAGGAAAGCAAACAGGUUUAAUGCAUAUGCAUUACGAUGCAUUAUGAUGACGACGACGACGACGAUGAUGAUGUAAAAGAAAAUAAAGCUUCAUCUUGUAGACAGACAGAUCUUUUCAUUAGUAAAUACUUGUCAGACCCCCGAUGUUCACUAUAAAUCAAGACAUUUUUUAGUGUGUAAAUACAGACUGCAUUUGGCUGUAAUUGUAAACUGUUUACGGCCAACAAAUAAGAAGAACGGGGAAACUUGUAGUUAUUUUAUUCAUUAGUUUUUCUCGUUUUGUUUGUUUAUCUUUAAAUAUAUUACUGUAGAU